AUGAUCUUGCUUACUUACUUACUUCUCUAUGUUAAUGAUAUUGUUCUGACUACUUCCUCUAAGGGGUUACGUGAAAAGAUGAUUACUCAGUUGAAGUCUGAGUUUCCUAUGUCUGAUUUGGGGCCUUUGAGUUAUUUUUUAGGCAUCUCUAUGACUCGCAGACUAUCUAAUUAUAUGCUUCUUUCUCAAAAGAAGUAUGCACAGGAAAUUCUUAAGCGGGCAGGUAUGCACGAUCCUCGAGAGUCACACCUUAAAUUAGUUGCAUUACAUCGUAUCCUGCUUUAUGUUCAGGGAACCAUUGAUCAUGGGUUACAUCUAUAUUCGUCUGCUACUACACGGUUGAUUACUUAUACUGAUGCUGAUUGGGCAGGUUGCCCAGACACUCAUCGUUCGACUUUUAAUUAUUGUUGUUUUUUGGGUGAUAAUCUUAUUUCUAGGUCGUCGAAACGUCAGCAUACAUGGUCUAAGUCUAGUGCAGAGGCAGAAUACCGAGGCGUAGCUAAUGUUGUCUAG